AUGGCUGGAAGUGAAGAAGCUUUCCCUCCAUCGGGUCUUCUUAUGGGCGGUAACACUCAGGAGUUGGUGCUCGGGGCAGGAGGCCACAACCAGACGGGGUUUGACAGGAUCAUGGCGAGAUUCGACAAAUUGGAGUUUGGCUUGGAUUCGACGGAUAGGCGUGUUGAUAAUUUGGAGGCCCCAGCCGUCCCCGAUCCGGAUCCGCCUUAUUUUUCCGACGAGGCCCAAGAUGACAAUAAAUUGGGGCAUCGUGCUUUGAUUGGAAGUGACUUGGACACCGACCCCCGGUUUUUCAUCCACGGUCGGCGAAUUUUUGGAAGACGUUCGCCACAGACUAGCACGGUUGCAGAGUACCACGACACGUUUGAGCACUAUUUAAAUCGUGUGGAGGGGCUCUCGGAGUUAGCAUUGAUUCCUAUUUUUAUCACUGGCCUUAAAGAGGCUAUACAGGAGAAUGUGGAGUUGCAGCAGCCUUCUUCUUUGGCGGAAGCAAUGGCAUUAGCCCUGCCAUUUGCGGCAUCUCGUGACGAACGCCACUGCCACGGAUCACGAGGAGAGUGGCAUAGUAGGGACAGUCGUGCUGUCACCCAUGUCGAGGAGAAAUGGGCCCCUAGACACGUUUGUAAACAAAAGAUCUUAUCUUAUGUGGGUGACGAGGAGCAUGAUGCCACCUCGGACCAGUCAGGGUCCAGCGCCGAAGAUGAGGCGAUUAUUACCGUCGAUUUAUCACACUUGCACGCCUUGUCCGGGAGCAGCGAUUCCCGCCCAUUCAACAUAAUUGGAGCUAUUGGGGCGACAAACGAGAGCAUACUUAUCGACACAGGAAGCACUCACGACUUUCUUCACCCCCGGAUUGCGGAGCAACUGCAGUUGGCAUUAACCCCCAUUCGCCCAUUUUGUGUUUAUGUGGGCAAUGGCGCCUCGUUGAUUUGCUCCCAUGUGGCCUGGCGGAUGAAGCUUUCGGUGCAGGGAAUUGAUUUUCUGCUGGACCUUCAUAUUAUGGAAAUACAUGGGCCUGAUAUUGUCCUAGGUAUGGCGUGGUUGGAGUCAUUUGGAAAGAUUUCAGCAGAUUUUGUGGGGAAGACCUUAGAGUUUCAAGAAAACGGGAUUCCUAUUGCUUUACGAGGAGUCCAACCGACCCCUCGUUUGAUCUCUCUACAGUCAUUGGCUAUGUUGGCUGCCCAUUCCCCUGCUCAUGAAUUUUACGAGACAAUUCCGGUGGAGGCCGGGUUGCUGACCCAGACGCCUGGGAGACCGAGGCUUUUCCGAGGGACACGCGGACAGAGAAUCCAGCAAGUGCUGGAGCAGUUUCACUCAGUUUUCAGUGUGCUGUCCGGUAUGCCUCCGCGCAGAGAGUUUGACCACCGUAUUCAUCUUCUUCCAAAUGCUAAACCAGUAAAUGCCCGCCCUUAUCGCUACCCAUAUUUUCAGAAAAAUGAAAUUGAGUGGCAGGUUCAGGAAAUUCUAGAUCAAGGCUACCAUCAGAUCCGGAUGCACGAGGCAGAUGUGUUUAAAACAGCCUUCCGGACUCACGACGGGCACUUUGAAUUCUCGGUGAUGCCUUUUGGUCUCACAAAUGCACUGUCAACUUUCCAAGCAGCGAUGAAUGGUAUUUUUCAACCUUUGCUACGUAAAUGUGUCAUUGUUUUCUUCGAUGAUAUCUUGGUGUACAGCUCGACAUUGGAUGAUCAUUGCAGACACCUCGCAGAGGACUUAUCCUUGCUACAAGCUCAUAAUUUUUUCGUCAAACUCUCCAAAUGCUCAUUCUGCAGUAGCACUGUAGAGUACCUGGGUCAUUUAGUUUCUGAUGGCAUCCUUAAGGCAGACCCGACGAAGAUCGACGGUUUGACAUCGUGGCCUCAACCGAAAACAGUGAAGCAUUCUGAAUUUUGA